AUGUUUAAACAUUAAUCAUUUGGUUGUGCUUUCCUAGUAGGUGUCUCCCUGGGCAUACAGGUUAAAGUAUAUGCGACUUUGUGUGCACCCAUCUGUGUUUUGGGCCACGAAUGUUGGUGUGGAAGAAUGCAGUCACGAAAGUACUUGCACAGAUGGACAAGUCUGGUGUGUCCUCUGGAGGUGUCAGUCAGUUCAGGGAGUAUCCAGGUUGCCCGAGGCCAGACAGCAGUGUUGCCCUGCACCUUCACCACUAACGCUGCCCUCACUAAUCUUAAUGUCAUCUGGAUGGUCAUUCCUCUUUCUAAUGCCAACCAGCCUCAACAGGUUAUUCUCUACCAAGGGGGUCAGAUCUUUGGAGGUGCACCCCAGUUCUAUGGGCGAGUGGGGUUUGCUGUGACAAUGCCAACCACUAGUGCCUCCAUCUUCAUCAACAACACUCAGCUAUCAGAUACUGGCACAUACCAGUGUUUGGUCAACAAUCUUCCCGACCGAGGCGUCAGGAAUAUUGGAGUCAUUGGACUUACUGUCUUAGUUCCUCCUUCUGUCCCGCUUUGCAGAAUCCAGGGAUCCCUGGACGUGGGCAGCGAUAUCACACUGACUUGCAGCUCGGAAGAAGGCAUCCCCCGGCCAACAUACCUCUGGGAGAAACUGGACAAUGUCCCCAGGUUGCCCCCAACUGCCACACAAGACCAAGUCCAGGGCACUGUCACUCUCCGAAAUAUCAGCACUGUGUCCUCAGGUCUUUACCAAUGUGUGGCUUCAAAUGCUAUUGGAACCAGCACUUGCCUUCUGGACGUGCAAGUCAUUGCACCUCACCCACGGAGUAUUGGCCUAAUUGCAGGAGCAGUGGCCACAGGUGCUGUUGUGCUUGUUGUUUGCAUUGUGUUGGUGGCUGUUGCACUGUUCUACUGGAAAAACAAACACAAAGAAGAAGAGGAAGAGGAAAUUCCCAAUGAGAUAAGGGAGGAUGACCUGCCACCCAAAUGUUCCUCUGCCACAAAGACGUUCCACACUGAUGCGUCCUCAUCAGAGAACGACACCCUCACCUCCUCCAACACCUACAACAGCCGCUACUGGAACGACCCCAAAGCCAACCAUGCCACAGACUCCUUCACCCGCUUCAGCAACAGCAAUGAUGCUCACCAGCCUCCCUUCUCCCGCUCAGGGAGCACAAAUGCCCGCCCCAUCUAUGUCAAUGGUGGCCACCCAUCCCCGGCUCCCCCUAAGACACUGGUGGUGACGGCCAGCACGGCGCCAUCGCCUCAGGAGGUGAUCCGGAGCAAUGGUUCAGUCAGCAGAAAACCACGGCUGCCUCACACCCGUUCCUAUGCAGUCAGCCAGGCCACGCUGGAGCGGAUUGGGGCUGUCCCCGUCAUGGUGCCCGCCCAGAGCCGGGCUGGCUCCCUGGUGUAG